AUGGUUAGUUUUGCGGUCUCGGGAGAAUUCUCUUUGUCUGCAGAUUUUGGAGGGAAGAGGGAAGGUCUUGGUGACUUCCUGCCUCUAGAAAUACGUAACAACGCUUCAACCUCGUGCAAUCCACUCUUUCAAAGCAAUCAUGGCAAGCAGCGUAUGUGGAUAUUCCAGAAUGGCAAGGGCUUGACGUAAGGUCGGUGGCCCGCUAGUAGUCGUGCAUGUAAGGAAAACCGCGGGGGAGCCUCUACCUCUUUAAACUUAUCGCGAUGGAUGGGGAUGCCAGUGAGCCCUUGAAGCUACAGGCAACUGCUUUGAAACCUAUACAAUAGCCAACAAGAAGAUGGUCUCAAACAUAUGGAUUGCAGCUGCAAACGAUGAGAAAGACGCCGUUGCUAAAUUGGUUGAAGUGGAGGGUCUCUCGCCAAAUGCCAAGGACCCCAACGGGUACACCCCGAUGCACGCGGCAGCGUCGUAUGGCCAUCUCGAUCUAUUAAAGUACUUGCUAAGCAAAGGCGGCGACAUCAACAUACAGGAUGCCGAAGGGGAUACCCCGUUGCACCACGUUGAAGACCUCAGUGUCGCCAAGGCUCUAAUCGAGCAGUUUGACGCGGACUACAAGAUCAAAAACAGCGAUGGGUUAACGGCAGCAGAGUAUAUUGAAGAGGAGGACGAAUUCCCCGAUGUAGCGAAGUACUUGAGAGGGCUUGCACACGGGAAGCCAGCAGACGCUGGAGAAAAUGGCGGUGGCGAUGAAGAUGCCGAGAAAGAAGCAAAGGAGGCCAAUGCGUUUUUGGAGAGUUUGCCUGAGCCCAGAAACGUCGAUGGACAUGAAAUUAAGUAUACUUUGGAGACGGAGCAGCAGCAAGACGGGGACGAGCAACUCAGUCCAGAAGAGUUGGAAGAGAGGAGGAAGAAGAUUGAGGCGGUGUUGAACAGUGAGAAUCCAGAAGAAGAGUUGCGCAAAUUGAUCCAGAAUGCCGUUCAUGAAGGGUUGAAGCAGGACAACGAUGAGCUGACUAGCGAAGAACCUAGUAGUAAAAAGAGAAAGUAG